UGACCCGGAAGUACCUGCUCCAGCGUGCUGUGUUGUUGUGUUUACGUGCCACAAGCGGGCUACUCGAAAAAUACGCGCUCCUCCCUUCAUUGACACCUGCGCUUUUUUGUUAUUAUUUGACAACGUUUGUGAUUUCAGUAAGAACUAAUCGCUACCUUUGUUACUCAUGAGCAUUUAUGCGACGGUGACAGUUGUGUCGUUACGGCUUCUUUGUCAGACAUGAAGCGUCUGUCGCUGUCAGCUUCCUAGCGUCUCUGCACCAGUAAAGACGGUUGUUUUCCAUCAGCGGGUUAUACUGGUUUCGUUUUACUGCGGAGUUUAUUCGUUAAGUGAAAAUGAAGCAGGACGGCGAUGCUGCCAGUGGUCUUCCCGUGUGCUUUGUAUCAAGCCAUGAGGGUUUUCUUGGAAGCAUUAAAAAGUUGAUCAAAGACUUCGUGGUGACUGAAAUAGACAUCCAUGGACAGCAAGUCAACACAGCAGCAUCCGCUCCUGCUCCUCACUGCUCGGAAGAGGUCAGUAGUAGAUGUAAAGAAGGACCAGAGGAGCAUCAAGCCUUCUCAGCAGAUUGUAGGUUCGAUUUGACCAUAUCGAGCCCAGAUAGCUUGGACUUGAGCAUGAUUUUGGGUCAGGCGGUGAGCGAACAGCUGGAGCAGUUUGUGGUGAGUCUGCGAGAUGAUGUGAUGGAGGAUGAAGGUGAAACUCCAGGCAAUAAGGAGCUCUCCUUGGGUUCCUUUACUGACAAAUACCAGCGUGCCAAUGUGCACCGAGCCGUCCGACACCGCUUCCCUUUCCUCAUGACCGUCACCAUUCAGCCGGAGAUCAGGGUGAGAGAGGACCCGGACUACAGAGAGCUGUCUCAGCUGGUCACCGAAGAGGAAGCGGAGGACUUCUUCAGGUUCAUCGACGCCAAAGUGCAGGACUCGUCGUACACGUUUCAUCCGGAUGAAAACAAAGAGCACCGCACGGCCGUGCAUCAUUUCCUGAAUCGGCGUUUUGGGAAACUGGUGGAGACAAAGAGCUUCGGCGAACAGGAGAGGACGGCCAUCUCUGUGCGGCUGAGGGAGCGAGGCAGACCCAAGAAACGGACCGCAGAUGAGCGAAGAGAGGAGGACGUUUACACAGCGUUUACUUUGUGUAAGGAAAACCUGGAGACUCUGGAGGCUAUCAGCUACAUGGCGGCGACACUUGGCGUCCUCCCGUCAGACUUCACCUACGCUGGCAUCAAAGAUAAGCGAGCAGUCACCUACCAGUCCAUGGUGGUCAAGAAGGUCUUGCCUCAACGAUUGAUGGAGAAGAGGGCAGAGUUCGAGAAAAGAGGGAUGCGUCUUUCUCAAAUCCGUUCUGUGGCCGAACCCCUAACGCUGGGGCGCCUCCAAGGUAACCACUUUGACCUGGUGGUUCGGAAUGUAAGACCACACGCUGUUGAUGGCGCUCACACCAGCGCUGAAAAACAGCGUCAUAUUGCAUCGUUGGUGGAAGAGGCACUGGAGAACGUGAAGGCCAGAGGUUUUGUCAACUAUUAUGGACCGCAGAGGUUCGGAACCGGGCAGGGUGUCCAGUCGGAUCACGUCGGGCUUGCUUUACUCCAAGAAGAUAUGGUGACUGCCGUCCGUUUGUUCUUCAGUCCAGAAGAUGGUGACGAUCCUCCGAGCCAAGCAAAGAGACACUUCCUUCAGACGGAUAACGCUAAGGAGUCCUUGGCGCUAAUGCCCGUGUCCAAAGCCAGGGAGCGCCUCAUGCUCCGUGCGCUCAACCGCUACGGCACCGGUCCAGAAGGUUGUGCCAAAGCCUGGCUCAGCCUUCCGCACGGCAUGAGAGUCUUCUAUCCGCAUGCCUACUGUAGCAGAGUUUGGAAUGAGGCUGUUGCGCACAGGUUGGCCACACUGGGGCACGGUGUCCGACAAGGGGACCUGGUGUGGAUGCAGGGAGUAGACAACAUGGACGACAAUGAGGAAAGCAGCACUGCUAAGGUCCAUGUCGUGACAGAGCGAGAAGAACAACAAGGAGUCUACUCCCUCGCUCAGGUGUUGCUCCCUAUGCCGGGGAACACGGUGAAGUACCCCGAGAACGCCAUGGGAACGUGGUACCGGGAGAGACUGGCCAGAGACGGCCUGGAGAGCUGCCGCUUCCGAGUGGGCAGCCUCAAGAUGAACCUGCCGGGCUGCUACCGCCCUAUGCUGGCUAACCUGUGCAACCUCCGCUACCAGCUCCAGACCAAGGAAGAAGGAGCAGGAGGCGGCGAGGUGCUCACCUUGAACUUUGACCUGGACUCCUCCUGCUAUGCCACCAUCUGCCUCAGGGAGAUCAUGAAGUGUGAUCCUUAGAGGUCACAGGUGAACAAAAACAGUAGCUGUAAUUGUGUUUGUAAUUCAGUAUUCGGGGCUUUUUGUUGAGUUGUGUGCUAAGCUAGUUUGUUCUGUGACAUAAAUGACUGAGCUGAAAAAAGGACUUGUGUGUUUUUCUGAGU